ACACGCCCUCCCAGUGCAACACAGAAAGCAACUUUGGAGGAUCACCAAGUAAAAUGUUUUGUCUGUAGAGGAGACGAAAAGGAGUUUUUUAAAAACCAAAUCCAUGUCUUUCAUGUUUAAUUUGAGGCCACGUCGCGUGUUUUUCCAGCUGUUUUUCUUGCUGCACAUGUGGUUAGACGGUCAAUGCAACGUGCUCGGUUGCCUCUGAACACGCAACAUUUCGGACACAGCUGACCCAUGGCAGAUGCAACAGAAAGUCCGAUUGCAGUGAAGGUGGAGGGCCACUCUCGUAGUGUCAUCCUAACUUACUUCCAAGGUGAUACCGGCAGUAUGGUGGAUGCUCACUUCAAACGGGCCCUCAGCAAAGGCUGCAAGGCCAAAGCACCAGCAGCCAAAAUGAAACGGCCCAACAAACCCUUCAAACUGGAAGAAUCCACCACUUGUCAGAAGACAAAAACGUAUUCAGAGCAGCAGGUGAAAGUUUUAGCUGGACAUCCUGAGCUCAGCAAAGAUCCUCACUGCAGCCUGAGCUUCAGCCCUGCAGAAACCCCUCAAAGCCUGUGGCAUUCGUUCCCCACCAGACCAGCAGAAGGUCCAGCUUUGCAUCCUAUCACAUACUCCCUGUCUUCAGAAGGUUUAGGUAUUACUGGACACCAAUACACCAAUUCCCUGCUCAACCUGCUGCACAGUGACCAGACGGAGGUGGGAACUAGUGUCGCUUCCACCUCCAAACCAGAACUCCUUCCCAGCUGGACAGUUCCUCAAGGGUUUAGAGAUUCUGCAGACCCUGCUGCAGGCUUUGAACCUGGUCAACGUAUGGAAAAAAAGGAUCUGUACUGGUACUGAUGUGCAGAACGUGGCUCCUGGGCGCGCUUGUCGCUGUCAGACAUUUUGAGAUCGACAAGUAGCAGCGACAGAUUAAGGCUGUUUCAGCGUGUAAUCUCUGAAAGACUGUGUAAAAGGAGACACUGACAAACCUGUUGUUCAACUAUGCCAUACCUCUCACAGGUUUGGGAGAAGAGAACAAGUUGUUGCUCCUUUCGCAGCAGCGUGGAUGAAGGGUAUUUCCUCGUGUGUCAAACAAGCACUUUUGUUUUUCAGCCUACACCAGUAAACAGAUCAGUAUUAAGUCAAACAUUACGAGCCUCUCGAGUGUAUAAACAUUGAUGUUUUAAUAACUGGCUUCACCUGCAAUAGUUUUAGUUGUCAUUACACUGUUUUACAAAAAGUGUAGAUAUGAAUGAUGUGGUGUUUUGUUUAUCCUAGUCUAAAUCUUGGGGUUGUCUUCAAAGGUAAAUGUACAAUACCCCCGUCACAAUAGAGGCCGAAUGAGCCCGAAUCCUGUCCAAAUUAAAAUUCAACCCACAUUCGGGAAAUAUCGAGGAGCAGUCGCAAACAUCAGACACAAUUCUGAGCGCAGUAUAAACAGUCGGGCACAUUCGUGCAGCUGCCCCAAAUGUUUUGCUCAUGUUCAAAACAACUGUGGCAUAGCUGAAGUGGAAAAACAAUGGAACAGCAGAUGAACCGCAAUCUGAUUGCAUUCUACAUAUUCUUAUGGCGUCAAAACAGCAUUUGGAGCAGUCUGAUCGUGCUCAAGAGACAUUUGCCAUGGUCAAGCACAUCAAAUCCUGAAUGCUUGUCCAGAAUGUGGCACGGAUGAGCCGUACGUGUACCUCCACUGAGCCUCGUUUGGGGUUCGCAAAGGAGAUAUUUUUAUGUGGAAUGUCUGUCAUGACACAGUCGAGGUGGGAUCCGCCCACAUUCUAAGUGGUCAUACAGCAUUCAUACACAGCUGUACAAAUGUGUGUCCCUCCCGACUGCGACUCGAAGUUUGGCUUUUUCCCCCCUAUUCUGGCUGAAUUUGGAUUGGCUCGUGCUCAAUGUCUAUGUUGUCCUUUGAUCUCCACGCUAGAGAUACAUUUUACGAGGAGUGCUUUUUUCCACCUGUGAAAUAUAGUGAAGAUUCGUCCCUUACUGUCUAUGACUCAUGCUGAGACCCAAAUUCAUGCGUUUGUUUCUUGUAGAUUGGACUACUGCAAUGUUCUAUUUUCUGAUUUACUGGAGUCCAGGAUUAGGGUUCUCCAAUUUGUUCAAAAUGCUGCUGCCAGACUUUUGACACGAAGCAGAAAGUUUGACCACAUU